UUCCGGUCUUUGUGGCUCGCGGCUCCGGGACCCCGGCUUGCGCCCGGGCCGCUUUCGAGCUUUGCGGAAAGAAGAGAUUACUCAAAGAAACUCUGGAGUACAGUGCCCAGUUGUAGUGAGUUUUUUGCUGAGCCAUUUCAGCCCAGAAUGGCUGUGGAAUCCAGAGCAGUUUCAACCCCAGUACCUCAGAAUCCUCAGGAACAAGAACUGAUAUUAGUGAAAGUAGAAGAAAGCCUUUCUUGGGGUCAGAAAUUGAAGCAGAAUGGGAGUACCCGAUCCUGCCAAGAACUGUUUCGCCAGCAGUUCAGAAAGUUUUGCUACCAGGAGACACCUGGGCCCCGGGAGGCUCUGGGCCGACUCCAGGAGCUCUGCUAUCAGUGGCUCAUGCCGGAGGUGCACACGAAGGAGCAGAUCCUGGAGCUGCUGGUGCUGGAGCAGUUCCUGAGCAUCCUGCCUGAGGAGCUGCAGGUCUGGGUUCAGCAACAUAGUCCAAAAAGUGGCGAGGAAGCUGUGACUCUGUUGGAGGAUUUGGAGAGGGAAUUUGAUGACCCAGGGCAGCAGGUCCCCACUAGUCCACAGGGACCAGCAGUGCCAUGGAAGGAUUUGACCCGUCUUGGAGCAUCCCAGGAGUUAACAGGCAUCCAGCUCCAGCCUUUAAAGACACAGCUGAAACCCUGGGAACCUUGCCUUUCCCCCCAAAGUGAUUGUGAGAUUAAGGAAUCAGUGCCGAAGAAGCACGUUCCAGGAGAGAAAUCGCAAAGACUUUCCCAGGAACCUGCGUUUGGAGGAGUCGGUGAACACGAAAGCAGUUUAGGGUGGCAGCAAGCCAGUGCCACCGGGGAGAGACUGAGAAGAUCCCCUUCCCAAGGGGGCACUUUUAACCAAGUCAUCUUCACCCACAAGUCUCUAGGAAACAGAGACCAUCACGAGCUUCAGAGAAGCUUGAUCCUGAGUGCAAACUCGAUGACGUAUCAGAAAGUUCCUACAGAAGAGAGACCUCACAGGUGUGAGGUGUGCGGGCACAGCUUCAAGCAGCAUUCCUCUCUGACACAGCAUCAGAGAAUCCACACUGGAGAAAAGCCCUAUAAAUGUAACCAGUGCGGGAAGGCCUUUAGUUUGAGGUCAUACCUUAUUAUUCAUCAGAGAAUUCAUAGUGGCGAGAAAGCGUAUGAAUGUAGUGAGUGUGGGAAGGCCUUCAACCAGAGCUCAGCCCUCAUCAGACAUCGGAAAAUCCACACGGGGGAGAAAGCCUGUAAAUGUAACGAAUGUGGCAAAGCAUUCAGUCAAAGUUCCUAUCUCAUCAUACAUCAAAGAAUCCACACCGGUGAGAAGCCCUACGAGUGUAAUGAGUGUGGGAAAACCUUUAGCCAAAGCUCAAAGCUUAUCAGACACCAGCGAAUUCACACAGGAGAAAGACCUUACGAAUGUAACGAGUGUGGAAAAGCUUUCAGGCAGAGCUCAGAGCUGAUAACCCAUCAGAGAAUACAUAGUGGAGAGAAACCCUAUGAGUGCAAUGAGUGCGGAAAAGCCUUCAGUUUGAGCUCAAACCUCAUCAGACAUCAGAGAAUUCACAGUGGAGAGGAACCUUACCAGUGUAAUGAAUGUGGCAAAACCUUCAAAAGGAGCUCAGCCCUGGUCCAGCACCAGAGAAUCCAUUCUGGGGAUGAAGCUUAUAUAUGUAACGACUGCGGGAAGGCGUUCAGACACAGAUCAGUCCUUCUGCGCCAUCAGAGAGUCCACACUGUAAAGUGACUUGGGAAUGCAAUGAGUACUGUAAAUACUUCAGUCGGGUUGUAAGUCUUUGUUAGUCGAAAGGGUUUAAUUUACUUUGGGGUAAGACUCAGGAAGGUGGUGGUAAAGUACUAGGUCUUGAGUCAGUCUGACUUUGUACAGCACUUCCCAGUGCUGAUGUGCAUUGUCCCCUGAAGGCUUUUCCUGUGACUAAUCAGAACCACAGAUGAAAGGAUCAUUGCUUCCAGCUUUCCUCUUACCAUCAGGGAUACUCAGGAGGUACGAAAGAUGGGGAUACAACCCUGAGGCCUCAUUUGCCAUGAGAAUGUCAUGAAGAGGGCACAGCAGCCCAGGCUCUGUCACUGCACUUGCUGAUUUGUGGAGCCCAGGGCAAGCCAGAAGUGAGACAGUGAAAAGAAAGAGUACAAAUUAAUUUACCCAACUGUUAUUUUUUGAGUGGCCAGGCACUAGGGACACAGUGGAAAAUAAGAUAGUCUUUACAAUUUAAUGGACAAGGCAAACAGGCAGUGACACUAUUAUGAUCAUGUGACAUUAAGGAGUACCUGACCCAACCUUGGGUAAGGGGAGGCUUCUGAGAAAAAUUAUCUAAAGGAUGGGUAGGAGUUAGCCAGGGAGGUAGACAGGCCAGGAGGAGAACAUGGCAUGUCUGAGAAACUAAGGGAAAAGACUGCUUUGUGUGGAACAUCCCUGUUGAGUUCCUUUUGAAGUGGAUUUUUAUCUGUAAGGGAAGCAUGGAUGCAGCCAGGAUCUUUGUUUACUACCCUGCCCUGUAGUAAAACAGGAGCCAGUGGAGACUUAUUAAUAGGCAAAACCUGGAGUCCUUGGAACACAGGGUGGUGAGCAGCUUUGUCUCGGUUUGUGUGACCCCAGGGAAAGGGUUAAUGUGUCGUUUCCUUGUCCAACCUGGAGGCUAGACUCGACCUUCCAAGGGGUGGGGGGGAGCCAGAAGGAGCUCAGGCUAGAGGUUAAGAGUCAGUAGAGCUCCAAAUCUCUCUCCCAGACAUAAGGACUGCCUUGGUUCUUAAGACUUGAUCAGAGCUGCUGGCCGCUUCCUCCUAGCUCCCAGGGCUCUGGGUCAGAAGCUGCAGUGGCUGCCGUAUUGGUUUCUGGGGCUGUGCCCCCACAGUUCCUGGUGCACUCCCCUGGGCUCAGGGGCUAAAAAAUGUGUCCACUGCUGGGUCUCUCCAGGCACCACACGUGUUCAGUUUUGAGUUAUGUCAGCAGAAUUUCACAGUCUUGUGAAUUUUGUUAAAGACAAUGCUGAAGGGAAGUGACAGUAACAGUCGUGGUCCUUCCAGAGACUGCCCUCUUCUGAGGGACCCAGCAAAAAAAAGUACCCAGACUGGUGCUUCUCAGCGCAGUGCAGAAAGGUGUAGAGGUUGGUCAGCAACAGAAGGACUUGUUAUUUAAAGUAACUAAUACAUCACAGUUGUAACACACCUUACUGGAAAUACGAAUCUUUGGGAAUCUAGAAUCCUGUGCAUAGGAACAGAAGAGUUUUCAUAAGGAUGUAGGUCAUGCCCCAACAGGGCAUGUACUGACCAGUAAGCAUGGCGGGAGGGCUAAAUGUCCAUGCUUGGAAGGAGAAUGAAAAAAGAAAGUGUAUGAAGUGUAACAAAAUAGCAUGAUAAAGCUCUUCAACUCAUACUCCUCUUCCACAGAGGAAGACAGAAACAAACUGAAAAGGACAGGACAGUGUUAAGUAGGAAUUGAUACAGUGAUUAUUACAAAAGGGAGAUUAUAGAGUUCUUACAGAUAUUGGUAAGUAAUAGGCACUUGCAGAGGGCUUUGUAUAUAUGUAUUACUUCUCUGACACCCACAUUUUGCAGAUGAGGAAAUGAAGGCUUAGGGCCAUGGCUUACUCAAGGGCGUAGAGCUACAAAGAGGUGAGGUCAGACUUUGAACCCAGGCAACAGGAGUCCAGAACGCGUCUGUGGAGCCACUUCUCCUAUCUUCCCAUGAAAAAGUCCCAGUAGAAAAACAAGAGUGCUUCUUAAAAAGGCAAGUCGCAAAAGAAUAAAUGCCUGUGGACGAUAAAUGUUAGCCUUGGUGGAAUUAAAAAUGUAUAUUAAAGCAAGGGUUGAGAUGUCAGGUUUCCCCCCCCCUCACAAAAUUAACAGAGAUUCAGGGAAAUUGGGACUGAUGUGAAUAGAUGCUGUCUCUGGCAAUUAAUACCAGCAGCCUUAAGCACUGCCUUUUGACUUUAAAAUUCUACCUGGAAAUGUAUACUUUAGAAACCAUCACGAAUGUAUACAAAGUCUUAAAAGCUGUUGAAAGUGAUGUUAAUUAAUAUUAAAAUGACAAUGUAUUCAUAGCUUAAAUAAAAAUGACGGUAUAUACAAUAUGGUUCAUGUAAAAACAUUUAUGCAUUAAAAAUGUUGGAAAUAUAUCAUCUCAA